AUCAUUUCAGCUGGAUUUGUGACAACGAAAGGAACAUUGAGUGGAUUUUUCCUUCUAAUGUUAUACCACCCAGAUGUUCAGAAGCGUAUCCAAGAUGAAAUCGACGAUAAAAUAGGUCACCGAGAACCUUCAAUUGAAGAUAGGUCAAAAAUGCAUUACACCUAUGCAGCCAUCUUAGAAACUUUGCGGUUUAUUCGCCAUGUUCCAUAUGGUGUACCUCAUUGUAAUAGAAUGGAUGUAGAUAUUGAUGGUUAUAAAAUCCCAGCUAAUUCAACGAUGUUCACAAAUUUGUGGUCGAUUGCUUUCUCUGAUAAUUACUGGAAGAAUCCUACAAAGUUUACUCCAGAAAGAUAUCUGGAUGAAAAUGGUGAAAUAUUACCACUUGACCAUCCAAAAAGACAGCAGUUUAUUCCGUUUGGAGUUGGUAGAAGGGGUUGUGUAGGUGAAUCAUUUUCUAAAUCACGCGUCUUUCUAUACGUUACAUCUUUGCUCCAAAAGUUU